UGUCCGAGCUCCCACAUGGCAAGGGGGCAGGGGAACUUGGCCUCCCGGGCGCCCCCAUCCGCGGCCCUCUCGCCGUCCAGGCAAGCUGAAAACAGCAGGUGUACAUCAAUGCCCAACGGUGACGCGGGACAGCUCGGCAGGACCCGCCUGCCCUUGCCCGUGUCGCCUCACGCACCUGUCAGCGCGGCCUCCGCUUCCGCCGCGAAAGUCUCGAGGCCGCGAGUCCCGCGACGGCCCCCGCGCCGGCCCCCGCGCCGGCCGCGCUCCAUGGCCGCGCUCGGCAGAGACACCGUCCCGCGGCGUUACGCACUUCCGCUUCCCGCGAAGCAGGCGAUGGCGGCUCGGGUGCUGCUCGCAGCGCUGAGCGCGGCGCUGGCAGGUCUCUUCGCCUCGGCGGGAAAAAUGAAGAUCGUGGAGGAGCCGACUACGUUCGGGUUGAAUAACCCAUUCUUGCCUCAAACAAAUAGGCUGCAGCCAAAGAUGUCCCCGUCUGCAGUAUCAGGCCCUGCACAUCUCUUUAGGCUUGCUGGCAAGUGUUUCAGUUUUGUGGAAUCCACGUACAAGUAUGAGUUUUGUCCUUUCCAUAAUGUCACUCAGCAUGAGCAAACUUUUCGAUGGAAUGCCUAUAGUGGGAUUUUAGGAAUCUGGCACGAAUGGGAAAUUGACAAUAACACAUUUGUUGGAAUGUGGAUGAGGGAAGGAGACUCCUGUGAAACUAAGAGCAGACAGACAAAGGUUCAUCUUGUUUGUGGAAAGAGCAAUAAGUUGGCUUAUGUGUCUGAGCCAAGUACUUGUGUUUACUCUCUGACAUUUGAGACUCCUCUCGUGUGCCAUCCCCACUCACUUUUAGUUUAUCCAACUCUGACUGAAGCACUGCAGAGGAAGUGGGAUGAAGCAGAGCAGCUUCUGUACGAUGAACUAAUAACCGACCAGGGUUACAAAAAAAUUCUGAAAGAGAUUUUUGAGGAAGCAGGACUUCUAAAAGCAACAGAAGAAAAUGAAGUUGAAAAACAGAGUAAGAAAAUAUCUCUGGAAUUUGAAACAGUGGAAAAGUGCAGUAAGGAAUACAAGCAACUUUCUGAAGAAAUAGAAAAACUUAGAGUUUUAUUAGGUCAGCAUGGUAUUGCAUACAAAGGAAAUGUUGCUGGAAAUUCCAGUGUUGAGUAUGUAAGUCACCAACUGGCAACUGCAGUGGCAUCAGUUCUUAAUGGGUCAAAGGAUGAUGAGCACCUGCAUGGCGAUACAGGAAUUUGGAAUUACACUCUGUGAAGAAACUUGGAUGGUACAUAAUGUAAAUUAAACUGAACAUGUAUUAUGCCACAAAGAUGAUUUGCCUUCUUGUGAGUAUUCUUGACUUUGUUUCAAUUUGUGCCCUAAAGCAAACACAGUGUAGUAGAGUGGGGGCACACCAUUAUGAGAAUAGUAAGCUAGUUUCUGACAACAUUUGUAACACUUCUUUGGUACGACCAGUAUUUGGCCCAAACCUAAAGAUUCUCUGUGCCUAGUUCCGGCUUUUGCUAUUUUUAUUGACCAAGUGUGGUAGAAGAUGGAGUGAAUAUAAACCAGCUCAAGACCAGUGCUGCAAUGCGUUUUAAGAAAGGUAGUAAAUACAGUAUUAAGAACAUGCUAUUUCAUCUAUAUGCUAAAAAGAUUUCUGGACACACUUUAGCGGAAAAGGAAACUUUUUCUGCCAGCAGUGCAGACCACACCACUGCACCGAUUCGUGUUCAAAGGUCGAUGUCGUCUUGGGCUGUCAGGUUAAAUGGAAGUUGGUCAGAAUCUGACAGAAAGGUGCAAUGAAAUCACUGAGUUGUUACAAAAACAUAGUUGUGGUGAGGUAAUACCUGGCAAUUCUCUGUACAUAAUACGGAAUAAAAUGGACUCCUCCAACACAAACUGUGGAAGUAUCACUGUUGCCAUCGGUGAACGCCGAGCACGCCAUCUGCGGUCACUAUGCCGCCUCCUGUGGUGCGGUUCGGCACCCCCCGGCCCAGGGUCCUGUCGGCCUUGCCCUCACGGCGUCAGCUGCGUUGAGCCGCGGCCCAACCCACCAAGCCCUCGCGCUUCCGCUUCCGCUCCCGCUCACGUAAAGCGGGGGAUGAUCCGGGCGCUGCGUCGCUGGCGGUGAGGAGCGGGUGCGGCGAGCCCCCUGUCUGCCUGGGCCUCGGCGGGGGCUGGCACGACGGCGGAACCCGGAGGGUGCGGCGGGCGCGGAUCCGGAGGGCGGGGGGCCCGUUCCCUUCUCCGGCAGCUAGGCCAGUUCGCGGUUUUGGAGCGUUAGUCGGUCGAUGGGGAACGACCACGAGAGGCCGUCGGUGAAGGUGCUGCCUCUUAGUGUGCUAAGCGCAGAGCUGUUGCUAUGGUGCGUGUUCCGAGAGAACGGGGAGACCGACCAGCGACUAGAGGCGGUUCUCUUCGGCCAGAUCGUGGACUCAGAUACGGCCCAGGAAAGCAGUGCUCCUCUUCAGCUGCUGAAAGAGAACUGAGGACGGGAGUGCGGCUGCCGUGAGGGAGCUGACAAAAGUUUGCUGGCAUUCACCUGUUUAAAAGCUGUACUGGCGCUGUAAUGAAAAAGACACGUUUUUCUAGUUUUUCGGCAGUCUUAUCUUGCAAGUUUGAUUUCUUCAUGCUGUUUUUUGUGCCGAUCUUGCCGUAGUAAUUUACACUGGUAGGAAAAGGUGUAGUUUCUGGAUUGCACAGGUAGGGAUGAACAGGAUGUAUUGCAAAUCAAGUUGAACUUGAAGGUAAGUUUUAUGCAACCCAUCAUUUUUCUAUGGAUCAUUUUUCUUAGCAGAUUGUUGUAUUAAAAAGUACCUAAUGUCAUUAUGAAAUUGCUGCUUAAGGUGACUUUCAUUUCACAUUUUGAUGGUUACAGAAUAUGUUCUGUUUAUACUGAAGACAGCUGUAAAUGAAUGAUUAAUUACCAUGCAAUUAUGUUCUGAAUUUUUGUAUGUAAUUCUCCUCGUUAAUGUAGAAAUUGCCUACAAGGGUGCAUUCUUUCUGGACUAGAACUUUCUAGGCUUGGUUGAUUUACACGGUCAAUACUGGCAGGAGAGUAUUUUGCCCAAAAUUGAAAUGUUUGGCUUGCGUUAUAUUGGGGAUGUCUCAUUGAACAAUACAGUACUAGGCUUUUUGUGUGGGUUCAUAGAUAUUCAAACUUGCACUCUCGGGAAACUUUUCCUGGAGAGGAGAAAUGUGAAAUACUAACGUGACUUUGUUCCCUUCAAAAUUAGAGGCUUUUUAAAGUUCUCAAAUGUAAAAAUGGAAAAUCAGGUUUGUAUCAUGAAAAUGCCUAAUUAAAACCCCAACACCAACAAAGAUGAUAGUAACUAUUAAGAUAGGCUGAAGCUAUGGAGAAAUUGGGGGUAGCAUCACAUUUGUGUAAUACCACUGAUUAGUCUGAACAACAUGCACUACUGUGGCUUUUGAUUUUGCUGUAGAGUCCCUUAACCACAUGAUGCCACAUUUGAUUUGGUACUGUCACAAGGUUUAAUCUUGGUAUUCAGCUUUUACUACAGUGGAAUGUUGCAAGUGAGAUGCAUGGGGGCAUCCUGGUGAAUGAGUGAAAGAAUAAUCUACUUUUGGUUUUUUAGCUUGUUUGUUUGUUUGUUUUUUUAGUAUAUUGAAGCUCAGGUGUAAUGCCUGUUGCUUCUGAUUAGCUUUCUUGCACCAUAUUCUAUGGAAACUGAAUUGUUUAAGAAAUACAGAGCUGCCUCUCUGUGUUUGUUUUUACCACUCGUUCUGUGCCUUCUUUGGGGGUGAGAAAAAAAGGCUGAGGGGGGAGGGAGUGGAGACUCAGGGGCUCUGAUGUCAUUUGGGGCACCCCAGCGUCCCUAGGAGAGAGAGCCACGCUGCAGUGGAAGAGCAGGUGAGUGGCGAAUGAGAAAGGGUCAUGCUGAGUUGCCCUCGGUUCCCUGGUUGGGAAAGUCCUUAAAGUAGACAAGCUGAACCAUUUCUGAGAAUUUCAAGCCUCCUGUUCUUAUGAUUCUUGGUACAGUAUUUAAAUAGUUACUAUCAAGUUGAGAUGGUGGAUCAAGUGGAUUUGCUAGAGUGGCAGAAAUAGUUUUUUGCCUGGAAGCAUGUUGGGAUAAACAACCCUCCUUAAUGCCGGAAUGAAUUCGUUUUCCGUCUUUUCCCUUUUUUUCUUUCUAGAUUGCGGAGUGUCGGGGAGAACAGUUGGCAUAAAGAAAUUAAAGGCACGAAGGAAGUUCCAUCUUCCCGAGGGAAUGCUUUAGGCACCACGUGCAGCUUCUGAGCCACACCGAUAAUCCCAGCUCCCACCAAAACCUUCCGAAGUUGGAAGGGACAGGGAAGAAGAUUCCAGGAGCGGUGGGAAGUACUUUCUCCUGAGUCUGGAAGGCAUUGAGGUCAGAACAAGUUCCAUGUACUCCUCUCUCCUGUUGCCAGCCCAGGACCAAGUCAGUGUUCCCUGAAUGGCCACAGUUCCCUGCAUGUGGAGGGAGGAGAUCUGUAUUGGAGAGUGGGAGAAAGGUCCCUGCUCGUUGCUGUGUCCUUGGUGGGCAGAGAACUCUGAUCUUGGCCAGAUGGGUUGGGCAGGGAGAACCACUGAACUUGUCCUGGCCUUGUCAAGAGCUUUGAUGUUUGAACUGCCAAGCCCAAACUGGUCCUGAGGAUGGAGGACUUAAGAAAUUACUCAAUCCAACUAAAUGCUUUAAAAAGGGAGAUGGUUUGGUUAUAAAAAUAUUUCUGCCUGAGACUGGGAAGAGACUGGGAAGAGUUAAACACCCCAGUUCUGCACAACAGCACAAGGAUUUUUUAAUUUUUUGCCUUUUUUUUCCCUUCCCUUGAAUGGGUUUGUUUGUUUCCCCUUGGAGACUGCACACACAACAGGCAGAUUUUUCAAUUAAUCCUUUUUUUCCCCACUUUUAGUCUUCAAUGGAGCCCAGGUGCCAAUUGUUUGCUGCUUGGUUUCUGCCUUCCCUUUCCUGCCUACAGCUUAACCCCUUCCUCUCCUUCCUGCUUUUUGGCCAUCACUGGUCAUGCAGUUGAUGCUGAUGCAGAUGGCUGAUAAAUAAUUAUCAAACAGCUUGGGAAUGGUCUGUAUCAGGUAUCAGUGACAUUAAAAUAUGGACCAUCAACCAA